AGCCAGACGACUACACCUGCACUGAUUGUGUGACUUGAUAUUCCUAUGUUGGUCUUAUCUAAAUAAAGUAGAGGACCGUUGCUUCAUAGGUUGUUGUGGCAUAUGCUGACCUGAGAAAAUGAGUGAGGACAAGGCUGCGAAGCUGGUUGAGGAGGCGAAGAGAAAAGUAGCAUCGGCGGAAUCGUUUCUCGGUGGAAUCUUCGGAGGAACACAGAAGCUUGAAGAUGCAUCAGACAUGUUUUCACGCGCUGGCAAUGCCUACAAGAUGGCCAAAGCUUGGGACAAGGCCGGAGCUGCAUUUGUCGAAGUUGCCAACCUGCAAAACCGUCUUCAGAGCCGGCAUGAAUGUGCUAGCCAGCUAGUGGAAGCAGCAAACUGCUACAAGAAAUGCAAUGUGGAAGAAGCUAUCAGUUGCUUGACACGUGCAAUUGAGAUAUUCACAGACAUGGGACGGUUCAACAUUGCUGCCAAGCACCAUAUGGCCAUCGCUGAGUUGUAUGAAACACAAGAUGCCAACAUCAAGGAGGCCAUUCAGCACUAUGAGCAAGCAGCAGAUUACUAUCGCGGUGAAGAGUCAACAAGUUCUGCAAACAAGUGUUUACUGAAGGUAGCUCACUUCUGUGCACAGCUGGAGCAGUAUGAACAGGCAAUUGAAAUCUAUGAGCAGUGUGCAACGACAGCAUUAGACAACACUCUGCUGAAAUGGUCUGCCAAGGACUACCUCUUCAAGGCGUCCAUCCUGAAUAUGUGUGUGGAUCCACUGCGUGGAGCGGGAGCACUAGAUAAGUACCAGGGCCUCUAUCCAGCCUUCAAUGAUUCACGAGAGGGCAAGUUUGUCCAGACAUUACUUUCAGCUCAUGAAGAACAGGAUGUUGAGGCCUUCACAGCUGCAGUGAAAGAGUAUGACUCGAUCAGCCGUCUCGACCCCUGGCUCACCAGUAUGCUGCUGCGUGUAAAGCGAUCUUUCUUGGAUGGCGAGCCAGACCUGAAGUAAAUCGCAUUAUUUACUUUUAAGCUGUGUAUAGGUGAACUAUGUUAGUGGUACAUUGUACAUGUGUACUUAGCUAUUUUUGUCUUGUUGUCUCAGGUGUGUUGCUCAUUUGGUGCCAGCCCAGAAUCCUUGCUAAUUCUUUUAUAUUUCAUGCACGCUUGUGCUGUUUGACGAUUAGCUUGCAUCUGGCACUCCUAUUUUUUAUAUUACGCACAAUCCCCUCGCUACUGUUGACAACUACUGUGCCUAUCAUAUCGUAUUUUUUCUGCGUGCUCUGUUUUCUUCAAGUCAAGUGCUUGACAAAGUGUGCUUUUGCAUUUGCGUCUGUGUAGGUAGGUUUACAAGAGACGCGUUCUUUGGAUGAUAAUCAUGAAAUUUUACUAGUGCUUCGAAGUAAAUCUUGUGCAAGAUGCUACAAUCA